AUCAAUUGAUGUUUUCUAUGAAAUCGAAUAUGUACAAUAUAACUUUACUUCCAGGUUUCUCACUUAACUCUUUAUAUGUAUAUAUAUAUUAUUGGUACUUAAUAUCUGUUUUCUGUUUCUUUACCUUAUUACCUCUUCUUAUAUUUAGAUUUUUAUUCUAUAAUGAUUGGUUAACAUAUUGAUUUUCUUCUAAAUCAGCUCUAACAAGCCGUGUAUUUUGCUGUUAUACUUUUGAGUAAUAGAGCUUUCUUUAAAUAAACUAAAACUUUGUAGUUUUGAUUGCUAUAAGGCUUAAUCACCCUUUUACCAACAGUAAUAAUACAAAUAAUUACUUCGAAAAAAAAAGGAUAAUACUUUAAGUGAAAUAAAAAUUAUC